AUGAAGGCUAAUCGUUCGUUACUGUUGCGGUUGGUGGCACUACUGGGCCUGUUGGCGGUGUUGCUCCCGACGGCCGAAUCCUGCAGCUGUCUCCCACAGCAUCCCCAGACGGCCUUCUGCGACUCGGACUACGUGAUCGUUGCACAAGUGCUACGUCGCACGGCGUCGAAGGACCGUCCGCACAUGGAUGCGUACAAGAUUGCCAUCAAGAAAGAGUACAAGAUGAGCGAGGAGGCCCGGAAAUUGCUGCGCCACGGAAAACUCUUCACACCGUCGCAGAGCUCGCUGUGCGGCAUCACGCUGGAACCGAACAAGCUGUACGCGAUCGCGGCCAACAGCGAGCAGGUCGGGCUGUGCGACUUCGUCCGCCCGUACUCCGAUUUGUCGAUCGUGGAAAAGCGUGGCCUGGCCGGCAUCUACCGCAAGGGUUGCAAGUGCAAGAUCAACCAGUGCUGGAACCAGAAGUGCAACCAGCGGGUCGGAUCCUGCAACUGGACACCGUUCGCACCGAAGGGCAUCUGCGAAACGAGCUUCGGUUCGUGCGUACCGGCCGGCGUGGUCCAGGAGGACGGAACACCGAUCAAGUGCCAUUGGCGUCGGUCGCCACGGUUUGGGCAGUGCAUGGCAAAGAAUGGUGGCAAAUAG